CCCGCCGCCGCGCCCUCGGCUCCAGCGCGGGGGAUUUCCUGGGAGCCGCCCGCCGGGGAAGCGAAAGCGAAAGGGGCCGAGGCCGCGGGGCUCCGGGACCGAGAUCGCGCCGCCAUGCAGCCCGUGCUCCUGCUCCUCGCCGUGGCCGUGGGCUGCGCGCCCGUCGCGGCGGGACCCGCCGUGCUCGACUGCUGGUUCGUGCAGGACGCGGGCCGCGGCCGCCUGGAGAAGAAGCCCGCAGCGCUGCUGCUGCGCCCGGGCGAGGGGCCCGUGCCGCCCCGGCCCGACCUCGGCCCCGAGUUCUACCUGCAGGUGCACGACCCCGCUGGCGCCCUGAGGGUCGCUUUCCAGCGCGUCACCCGGGACGCCCCCGCGCCGCACUGCGAAGUGAGCCACUACGUGCCGCUGCCCGCCUCUGCGCCCUGGGCCGCCGGCCUGGCCCCCGAGCGGAGCUGCCCGCGCGCGCUGGACGGCACCUGGUACUUGGUGAGCGUCACCAGCCAGCUGCUCAGCCUGUCCAGCCUCUUGCGGCUGCAGCCCAGACCUUCGCAGGAGCAGGAGCAGGAGCCGGGUCUCGUCACCGUGGUCACAGCUGUGCUGACUGUCUUCUCCCACACCCCCAAGUCUCGAGUUCGCCUGGGACAAGAUGCAGUGCUGGACCUGAGCUUUGCAUACGCACCCCCAUCCACGGUUGGGGACGCGCCGGCUCCAGGGGUCCCUCCCUUUGGGCUGGAGUGGCGGCGCCAGCACCUGGGCAAGGGACACCUGGUCCUGGCCUCCACUCCUGGGCUAAAGGGGUCGCUGCCCAGAGCCCAGGAUGGGGCAGUGACCUUUGCUGCUUGGGAUGAUGACGAGCCGUGGGGCCCAUGGACCGGAAACGGGACUCUCGUGCUGCCUGCAAUCCAUCCCUCCCAGGAGGGCUCCUACCUGGCCACUGUCCAUCUGCCCUACCUGCAGGGGCAGGUCACCCUGGAUCUUGCAGUGCAGAAACCCCCCACCGUGUCUCUGAUGCCAGCACCUCUGGUGUGGGCUGCCCCCGGGGAGGCCCCCCCAGAGCUGGUCUGCCACGUAUCCCAGUUCUACCCGCCCGAGGGGCUGGAAGUGGAGUGGGAGCUCCGGGGCGGCCCUGGGGGCGCCUUCCAAAAGGCAGAGGGGCAGCGAUGGCUCUCAGCCCUGCGCCACCACGCCGAUGGCUCUGUCAGCCUCUCCGGACACCUGCAGCCACCCCCGGUCACCCUCGAGCAGCACGGAGUCCGCUACGCCUGCCGCGUCCGCCACCGCACGCUGCCAACCUUCGGGCGCAGUGCAGCGGUCACGCUGGAGGUGGCAGGUCUCUCGGGGCCCUCCCUGGAGGACGGCGUUGGCCUCUUCCUGUCUGCCUUUCUCCUCCUUGGACUGCUGAAGGCGCUGGGCUGGGUUGCUGCCUACCUGACUGGUCCCAAGGAGGAUUUGAAGGAGGAGAAAGAGAAAACAAAGUGAAGGCCACCAUUUAGGGGAAGCCAACAUGAUUUUGGGCCUGAGCUACUGGAACGGCUCCCAAACAGUACUGCCUGCCUACCUGCUCCUGCUCCCUUGGAUCUCUCUCCACUGAUUGAAUCUUUUUUUUUUUUUAAAUCAGAGGCUGGGUGGAGGAAUGGGGAGUUUGUGUGUGUGUGUGUGUGUGUGUGUGAGUGUGUGUGUUGUUUUGUUUUUGGGCCAUACCCAGUGAUUCUCAGAGGUUACUCCUGGCUCUGCACUCAGAAAUUACUCCAGGAAGUGCUCAGGGUAUCCUAUGGGAUGCUGGGGAUCGAAUCAAAUCCGGUUGACCGUUUGCAUUGCUCUGGCCGUGUGUGUGUGUGUGUGUGUGUGUGUGUGUGUGUGUGUGUGUGUGUGUGUGUCUGGAGUUUUUAGGACUUGAAUCACUGAGCAUCCCUUACUCCCUGGGAUAGAAUCAAAUCCGCUUGACGAUUUGCAUUGCUCUGGCUGUGUGUGUGUGUUCUGGAGUUUUUAGGACCUGAAUCACUGAGCUUCCCUCUCUGGGAUACUUUAUGAAAGACAGAAAUCUAUACCUUUCAUCUUAAAGUUCUAGGGCAGUACUUCUCAAAAAUAAAAAUUUCUUUUUUUUUAAAUCUCA